GUAAGCACUUUAUGCUUCCCCAGAGGUGACUAAACUCUGAUCAUUGCCAAUGGGCAGGCACUCCCCAAAUGUCCAAGGACAACAAAGAUACCCAGAGUGUCUUUCAUAGCUACCAAUGAUUAAAUAGCAAGUAUUGCAUUCCUAGGCAUUGCUAACUAGUGAAGUAUACCAGAUGGAAAUGUCUUCGAAGCUGUCCCUUUAAAACUCGAGCAAGCUACCAGGCAAACUCCGCCUCCAGGGAGGUUCCUUAUUAAAUAGGAGCCAACAGGCUGGGUCAGGGCUCAGUAUCCCAAGCAAUACCUGCAACUGAGGAUUCUUCCCGGGGAGAUCGCAGCCCAUCGGCAUGGCUCAAGAGUUUGUGAACUGCAAAAUCCAGCCUGGGAAGGUGGUUGUGUUCAUCAAGCCCACCUGCCCGUACUGCAGGAGGGCCCAAGAGAUCCUCAGUCAAUUGCCCAUCAAACAAGGGCUUCUGGAAUUUGUCGAUAUCACAGCCACCAACCACACUAACGAGAUUCAAGAUUAUUUGCAACAGCUCACGGGAGCAAGAACGGUGCCUCGAGUCUUUAUCGGUAAAGAUUGUAUAGGCGGAUGCAGUGAUCUAGUCUCUUUGCAACAGAGUGGGGAACUGCUGACGCGGCUAAAGCAGAUUGGAGCUCUGCAGUAACCACAGAUCUCAUAGGAAAUGUUCAACAAUUCUGUGAAAGGUCACAGGACCCAAUUGGAGAAAUCAUAUGAAAAGCAUAGUUGGUCUUGGUGUCAUACGGAUCAGAGGCACAAGUGCAGAGGCUGUGGUCAUGCGGAACACUCUGUUAUUUAAGAUGGCUAUCCAGAUAUUCCUGAACACUGUGUAUUUAUUUGAUUUAGACUACCAGCGAAGAUUAAAGCAUGAAAUGUAAAACAUCUGAGAAAACUUACAGCCCCCUACACCAAGAGCGUAUCUGUGAAACAGCUCCUACACUUUGAAAACUUAAGAAUCCCUUAUUAUGAAGUUUGCCUGUUCUAGAAUCGUAAGAUUGUUAAUUUCCUUCAGUCUCUAGUAACAACACUUAAUUUCUUUUCUAAUAAAAAAAUACCUAUAGAUGAUUCAGUGAUUUUUGUACAAUUCGUUUCCAUGUUCUCAAGACAUUAAGGAAUGUUAUGUGAAAUACACUAACUUAAAAGUGUGUUUAUGUUGGCCCUGCCAUUAUAAAUAAAGACACAUGCUGCUGUCA